CGGAACGGAAGUAGGUACGUGGCUGCUUCAGCUGACAGUCUACAUGAUGGCGACAGAGGUUCAGAGCGGCGACCUCGACAGCGCUACGUCCAGCCGGCUCGAAGUUUCCAUCGAUGGCCUCACCCUCAGCCCAGACCCGGAAGGCGAGCAGAGCCAGGUCGAAGAGCCAGAGCCCGUACCCUCGGAACCUGGGACCGAUAAGCCGGGUGCCGCUGGGGGCGAAGAUGGAGAGACUGCUAAAUCUGCGAUAGAGGGGAAUUGGGGCUUUCCUUUGCAAGAACUGUAUGGAAUGGCUCUUAGAUUUUUCAAAGAAAAAGAUGGCAAAGCCUUCCAUCCAACCUAUGAGGAGAAGCUUCGCCUGGUGGCUCUGCACAAACAGGUGUUACUAGGCCCUUAUAAUCCUGAUGCUUCACCGGAGGUCGGCUUUUUUGAUGUCCUUGGCAAUGACCGCAGGAAAGAGUGGGCCUCCCUGGGUAACAUGGAGAAGGAGGAGGCUAUGGUGGAAUUUGUUAAGCUACUCAACAAGUGCUGUAACCUCUUUGCUCCAUAUGUAACAUCACAUAAGAUUGAAAGGGAGGAGCAAGAAAGGAAAAGGAAAGAAGAGGAGGAGCGUCUGAGGCAAGAGGAAGAGGAGAUGGAGCGACAAAGGCAGGAGGAGGAGAGACGAAGGCUUGAGGAGGAGGAAAGGCUGAGAAGAGAGGAAGAGGAGAGGAGGCAGGCAGAGGAAGAAAGGCUACGGAUUGAACAGCAGAAACAACAGAUUAUGGCAGCACUGAAUGCCCAGACAGCGGUGCAGUUUCAACAGUAUGCUGCACAGCAGUACCCCAACAACCCAGAACAACAGCUGGGCCUCAUUCGUCAGCUCCAGGAACAGCACUACCAGCAGUACAUGCAGCAGCUCUACCAGGUCCAGCUGGCCCAGCAGCAGGCGGCCUUACAGAAGCAGCACCAACAGCAGCAGGCUGAUUCAACGGUGCAGGGCACCUUGGAAUCUAGCAGCUUUAACAGUGGGGAACCUAUCCCGGCCUCUGCAGCAGGGUCACUGUGUGCUGCCUCACCGCUUGCUAGCGAGGAAGCUCCUAUAGUCAAUGGAGGCCAGUCAGACUCUUACUCAGAGAGCAUGGACCGAGAGCCAGAGCCUGAGCCAGCAGAGGAGGUCUCAGAGAAUGGCCCUUUAUUAGCAGACUCCCCACCAGUGAUAGCUGCUCCUUCCAUGUGGACACGGCCACAGAUCAAGGAUUUCAAAGAGAAGAUCCGUCAAGAUGCAGACAGUGUGAUCACGGUGGGCCGUGGCGAGGUGGUGACAGUGCGUGUUCCCACGCAUGAGGAGGGAUCUUACCUGUUCUGGGAGUUUGCUACAGACUAUUAUGACAUCGGCUUUGGGGUGUUCUUUGAGUGGACAGACGCUGCCUCUGCUUCAGUCAGUGUGCAUGUGUCAGAGUCCAGUGACGAGGAUGAGGAUGAUGAAGGUAAGGAUUCCUCUGAAAGAUGUGAUCCUCCCACUGAAGAGGCGAAAGCAAAGAAGGAGGCAGGGAAGCCCCAUGUGGAUGAGAUUGUGCCGGUAUACCGGCGGGACUGUCACGAGGAGGUGUACGCCGGCAGCCACCAAUACCCUGGCCGUGGAGUGUACCUGCUCAAGUUUGACAACUCUUAUUCGCUCUGGCGUUCCAAGAGUGUUUACUACAGAGUCUACUACACCAGAUAAGCCUGAAUACAGACAUGGUGGGAGCUAAGGGGAGUGUAUCUUCGUGUGUGUGUGUGGGUGUAUGUGUGUGUAGGUGGAGAUGUAAAUGAAGGCAGCCUGUACUUGUGCGUAUGCGUGUGUGUGUAUGUGCAUAUGUGUGUAGGAAGAAGUGAUCUGUUCUGGACAAAAACCACCAGAGGGUGACAAAGAGACACAUCUGGAACCCUUAAAUGGAGACUGGACUAAUAUGUAUGUCCUGUGUGUGUGUGUGUGUGUGUACGUGUGACUCAAGUUUCACCCUCGCUACAUCCUGUCAUUGAGCCCUUGGAAGAGGAGUGUGCACUCCUUUUGUAAAUUCAUCACCUGUCAUUGCUGCACUCGUAUACACCAAGCUGUAGGACUGUGCUCUUGAAUUGGGUUUUUUUUUUUUUUUCCUCCCCCCUGGGCUCCUCUUCCAUGACCACCUUGGCCCAGCACAGUCCAGUGUGGCCUUGUGGCUGCUUCUGUCCUGACUGACUCUCACAACCAUGAAUGGAAACUUGGCAAGUCCAACACUGUGAGCCAACGUUUCCCGAUUGGUGGAAAUGGUGGUUGUUUAUCCUCACAUGAACAUUGUAAUUGUUGGAAGUCUAGUUUUAUUGCAAAUGUGCUUCAUAACACUAUGCCUUUUACACAGAGAUCUUCUGAUCUUUCCUUAAUCACACAUAAUAAACACCAGUGUACGCACACUUAAUAAUUUUCGUUGCAAAACAGUAGUGUGCUAAUCCUUCCAUAGCCAUCAUUUUGAAGAUAUGAAAGGAUUAACAAAAGCAGCAGUCGUCUAAUUUCUCCACACAAAUAGUCUGUUUCUUACCUCUUAUGGUUUGAUAAUCUGACAGACAGAAUGCACCAGGAGUAGGUUUCUUUUCUCAAUACUACUGCCACAAAUUUGAAGGACAGGCAGGAUGCCAUUCAACUACAUGGGUGUCCAUGUGAUUAGAGUAUGGUUGUGGGGUUUCUGGCUUUGUGAACACAAGCAUCUCAAUUUGUAGUACAGAAGUUUACAAUUGGAUUCCUUUAAAAUACAUCUGCAUAUGUUUAUUUUUAUUAGUGUAAUUUGCUUUUGUUUCAUCAACAGGCAGUUGCUGUUUUACAGCCUGUUACACCAUCCCACAGAAAACUUUAAACUGUUUGCCAUUUUGCUCGUCAGUUGUCUGAAGAAUCAUAAAAAGAAGCUCUAAUAUUGUUCAUACUUUUUAGGAGGUUUUCUGUUUAUUCUGUUUUAGAGUUUCUGUAUCGAGUUCUGCCACACAAGUGAAUAAAAAUCCACUAACCAUCUAUGUUUUGCAGGUCAUGACACACUGUUACAUCUGUGCAACAGAAAAUCCAUAUUGCAGAAAUGCUUUGUUCCGUUUUUGUUUCUUGUAUGAAUCGCCUCAUAUUGUCAACAAUUGUCAUCUCGAGUAUUAUGAAUAAACUGAGAUGACAUAAACCUGUGUCCUAGGUGACAUGGUUGUUUGCUAACUUAAUUGUGACAUGCAAAUGUUUGCUUCCUUUUUCAAAGCUUUUGCCACCAUAAUUCUCUUAAUUUCUACAUGUGUGUGCUGUAUGAACUGAGCUUUACAUGAAAGGUUCUUCAGUGUGGAAUGUGCUCAGAGGGUGUUAAAGAUAUUUGGUUUCCCUUUUAUCACACUUCCUGCCCCCUCUCUCUCUUGGGUUGGGAUAUCUUGAGAGUCUGAGUUGCCCCAUGAGGCUCUUUCCUGAGUGUCAGUUAUUCACUUGGGUUACCUACUCCCAACUCUAAUCCAAACAGUGAUUUGUGUGGCAAACUGUCACCAACUAUGACCUCACAGCGCCAUUAAGUUCAACAACAUCUCUGUACCCUAAUGUUUUUGUUGAGUUUGUUAUUGCUCACCAAAUAGUUUGAGUUGCUCAAGCCUUGUAUGUAAAUAAUUCUAUGAAUGAGUUUAUGUGUGGGUUUUUAGAUGUGGACGAAGGCUAUGUUUCUGCAAAUCAAUGCACUGUAUAAUAAGGUGAAUGAGAUUACAUUUUACCCAAGAUGAAAGUCCCUAAUUUGGUGGAAGUAUGAAACUGUAAAACUCUAUUGACAUGAAAGAGAAGCUCAUCUUUUUGUAUUGUUUGACAUUUUUUGUUUUGCAACUCUUAUAAAUCUUUUUUUUUUUGGGCAUAUAUUUAAUCUUGAUUAAAUUUAUCUUCAUCUCCAAAACUGUAUAUGUUUGCU